CUGUGCCCUGUGGUUCUCCAGACUUCAGGGAAACCUCUUUGCUCUCUGCUGCUGCUUCUUUUCUCUAGAGUGAGUUAUCUAAUAACCAAAGGGGACUCUGACCUUUGGCUUGUUGCUAACUUUCUAUCCUUUGCUGGAGGGAGGGGAGGGGGGCAGACGUUCUUCUAAUGCAGGCUGCAGGGAAGAUAAGUGUAGUGUGAGUCUGCAGGCGCCAUGGAGGACAAACGCAACAUCCAGAUCAUAGAAUGGGAGCACCUGGACAAGAAGAAGUUCUACGUGUUUGGGGUAGCAAUGACCAUGAUGAUCCGCGUCAGCGUCUACCCGUUCACCCUCAUCCGCACCCGGCUGCAGGUCCAGAAGGGCAAGAGCCUCUACCACGGGACCUUCGAUGCCUUUGUCAAGAUCCUGCGAGCCGACGGCGUGACUGGCCUCUACCGGGGCUUCCUGGUCAAUACCUUCACGCUCAUCUCCGGCCAGUGCUACGUCACCACGUACGAGCUCACCCGGAAGUUUGUCGCUGACUAUAGCCAGAGCAACACGGUCAAGUCGCUGGUGGCCGGCGGCUCGGCCUCCCUUGUGGCCCAGAGCAUCACGGUGCCCAUCGAUGUGGUGUCCCAGCACCUGAUGAUGCAACGCAAGGGUGAGAGAAUGGGCCGCUUCCAAGUGCGAGCGAGCCCCGAGGGACGAGGGGUGGUAGCCUUUGGCCAAACCAAGGACAUUAUCAAGCAGAUCCUGCGGGCUGACGGGCUCCGAGGCUUCUACCGGGGGUACGUGGCGUCACUGCUCACCUACAUCCCAAACAGUGCUGUCUGGUGGCCCUUCUAUCACUUCUAUGCAGAACAGCUCUCAUACCUCUGUCCUAAGGAGUGCCCACACAUCGUCUUCCAGGCUGUCUCGGGGCCCCUGGCUGCGGCCACUGCUUCCAUCCUCACCAACCCCAUGGACGUCAUCCGCACCCGAGUGCAGGUGGAAGGCAAGAGCUCCAUCAUCCUGACCUUCAGACAGCUGAUGGCAGAAGAGGGGCCCUGGGGCCUCAUGAAGGGCCUCUCGGCCAGAAUCAUCUCAGCCACGCCCUCCACCAUCGUCAUCGUGGUGGGCUACGAGAGCCUCAAGAAGCUGAGCCUGCGGCCGGAGCUGGUCGACUCCCGACACUGGUAACCCGCGGCGGAAGCCAAGCCCACUGGUGGCCGCGCUGCUCUGGGGCAGGGGCCGUGUGGGGAGGGUGGCACCGCCCCCCGAUGGGCUCCCCGCCACCCCACAUCCGCGGCCCUACCCCAGGGGGCCUGUCUGGGACAGGGCAGAGACGGAACGGCUCUUGCUGAAGAAGCUCCACACCGGGACCCCCUCGCCCAUUACUUUUCAUUUUCUUGCCCGACUGGGCUCCCUGGCUCAGUCCCGGUCCUCAGCCCUGUCCUACGGAAACCCACUGUCCAGUGCCACCGCCCCACGCCCUGCGAACCCUUCUUCUGGCCUCCCCCACCGUCUGUGUCCCUGAGACCCUGACAAGAGCUGUACAUAGAGCUUGCUUCCCGUCACUGGUCUUCUCCUGGGCCCUCAGCCCCGCUCCCAUCGGCUGCCACCAGCCCUCUCCCGCCGCCUUCCGCGGGCCCGCCCGU